CUUUCCGAGAGAAACUGAGUGGGUCACCUGUGGGCGGAGUUUCAAAACGCGUGCACUCCGCUUUCGCCACGCCCAAAAAAAUGGCUACAACGCCGGUGGACAAUAAACGUCAAAGGACGUCCUCAAACGUAUUUUCUAUGAGUGAUGAGGCGCUAGCAGGACGAUAUCAAUUCUCUAAAGAGCACGGAGUUGGGAACUGGGGGAGUGUUUGGUUAGCACUGGACAAGAAAUCAGCAUCUUCUGCUGAUGAUCAGAAGAAAGUCGCGAUCAAAGUCGUGCACCGUUCAAAGACAGCAGCAGCAGCAGUGCGA